AUGACUGGACAGCCUGGGCGUGCUCGCGCCAGCGGCGAGUCGAUCCAUCGAUCCCGAGGGCCGAUCGGGAGACCUUCGAAGGUGGCUACCGGCAGGGGGAGCACCGGCGCCGCGGUGUCGUCUUCGACCAGCCAGAGGCGAGUGAGGGGCGAGGACGUGGCUUUCGCCCGUGAGGGCGCGUGCCGCUGCGAGGGCGGCCCCGUCUGGGACCUGUUCUGUGUCUGCGACGGCCACGCCGGCUCCGGCGCCGCCAAGUUUGUCAGGCGCCACCUGUGGAGCGUGCUGGGGCCCCUGCUGCCGCGGAGCUGCCCGCCGAGCUGCGAGAGAGAAGAUUUUGGCAAAUUUGCUGAGAAAGUCAGCGCCGCGGUCAUCGAUGCAUUUGCCGAGAUCGGAGAGCAGUUCUCCCUCACAUCUCUGUCAACCUCCGCCCCCUCUG